CCCUCUCCAAACAAAUACAUCCUUCCUUUCCUUCAAUCAACAUCCCCCCGCUGUAGGUUCACACCCUCACUACAAAGUCUCCCAUCAAAUACCACUUGAAACCACGCGAAGAACAAACAAACACGCAGUAAUUUUCUUGUUCGGAGCAAAAUGCCAUUUAUUUCAGAGACGGCGAGUGCAAUCAAGAGGCGGUUUGGGUUCCAGAAUCCAUCGAUCUCAGAAACCUUGCCGUCCGUGUGUAGCUCUCCGGAUCUACUCCCGAAGUCCGUUUCGAGGGAUAACCUACGUCAGUCAUUCGCUGCCACGUCGGGGAUUCGGGCCAUGGGUGAUUUGAAUGAUGAAGAAGUCAGCAGCAUCGAGUCGGCUCAGUCUGCUCGGUCUCAAAGCUUUGAGUUCGACGAAGAUCCUUCCUUUUGGAAGGACCACAAUGUGCAGGUUAUCAUUAGAAUUCGUCCUCUCAGUGGUACAGAAAUAUCUCUGCAAGGUUACAGCAAGUGUGUUAAGCAAGAGAGUUGCCAGACAAUCACUUGGACUGGUCAUCCAGAGUCCCGUUUUACCUUCGAUCUUGUGGCUGAUGAGAAUGUCAGCCAGGAGAAGUUGUUUAUAGUGGCUGGAUUGCCUAUGGUGGAGAAUUGUGUGGCUGGGUACAACAGUUGCAUGUUUGCCUACGGCCAAACUGGAAGUGGGAAAACUCAUACAAUGCUUGGAGAUAUUGAGGGAGGCACCAGAAGACACAGUGUCAACUGUGGAAUGACGCCUAGGGUCUUUGAGCAUCUUUUCUCAAGAAUACAGAAGGAAAAAGAGGCUCGUAAAGACGAAAAACUAAGGUUUACUUGUAAAUGCUCAUUUCUGGAGAUCUACAAUGAACAGAUUCUUGAUCUUUUGGAUCCUUCAUCUAGUAAUUUACAGUUAAGAGAAGACAUGAAGAAAGGGGUUUAUGUUGAGAACCUCAAGGAGAUAGAAGUUACAUGCGCUCGGGAUGUGAUUCAACAACUUGUGCAAGGUGCUGCAAACAGAAAAGUAGCUGCCACUAAUAUGAAUCGUGCAAGUAGCCGUUCUCACAGUGUGUUUACAUGCAUAAUUGAAAGUAAGUGGGAAUCCCAAGGAGUAACUCAUCACCGGUUUGCUCGUCUGAAUCUUGUUGACUUAGCUGGAUCUGAGAGGCAAAAGAGUUCUGGUGCUGAAGGUGAACGACUAAAAGAAGCUACUAAUAUUAAUAAAUCCCUUUCAACAUUGGGGCUUGUGAUAAUGAACCUUGUAAAUAUUUCAAAUGGGAAGUCACUGCAUGUUCCUUACAGGGAUUCAAAGCUCACCUUUUUGCUUCAGGAUUCUUUGGGAGGGAAUUCGAAGACAAUAAUAAUUGCAAACAUCAGUCCAUCUAUUUGUUGUUCAUUGGAGACUCUAAGCACACUGAAGUUUGCACAGCGUGCUAAGUUUAUCAAGAAUAAUGCAAUUGUUAAUGAAGAUGCAUCUGGGGAUGUUAUUGCCAUGCGGAUGCAAAUUCAAGAGCUCAAGAAAGAAGUAUCCCGACUACGAGGUUUAGUCAAUGGUGGAGCCGGAACUUUAGAUAAUGAGACAUUGGGCGCGAGCCUUCCUGGGUGCCCAGAAUCUUUUAACUGGACAGGACUUAAUGGCUCAUUUAGUCCACUUACAUCUGAUAGAAAGAUGUCUCAGAAGAAAGACAAUGAUGUUGCUCUUGUUGGGGCCUUUAGGAGGGUGAAGGAGAAAGAAAUUGCUCUAGAGGCUUUAGCUGCUGAAAAUAAGGCUGCCAUGCAGUUGGCAAAGCAAAGAGAAGAUGAAAUACAAGGCUUAAAAAUGAGGCUAAGAUUCCGAGAAGCUGGAAUUAAGAGACUUGAGUCUGUUGCUGCUGGAAAAUUAUCUGCGGAGACGCAUUUACUAAAGGAAAAGGAAGAAUACUUAAAGGAUAUUGAAAUACUCCGGGUACAGGUUGAUCGGAACCAAGAAGUUACUAGAUUUGCCAUGGAGAAUUUGCAACUAAAAGAGGAGCUUAGAAGAUUAAAGUCAUUUUAUGAGGAAGGUGAGCGGGAGAUGAUGAAUGAACAGAUUAAAGUGUUGCAGAAUAAGUUGCUGGAGGCACUUGACUGGAAACUUAUGCAUGAAUCAGAUCCUUUCAUGAAGGACAAUUCAAAUUUUGUGAACGAAGACGAUGCUGAUGGUAAUAUACUGCUCUCUAAGGAGGAAGGAACCUUAUGGCGUUCUUCAAUUAAUGAGGAGAAUGAGUUCCUCCGCAUGCAGGCUAUUCAGAACAAAGCUGAAAUGGACACACUCCAGAAGACGCUAAGCAUCUGCCUAGAAGAGAAAGAAAACUUGGAGAAGCGUGUUAAUGAUUUCAUUAAGGAACUUGAAGAAGAAAAAUCUUCCAAAGAUACAAAAGAAGAAAUACAAGAGGUCAAAUUUCAGAAUUUGUCCACUGAUGUGCCAACUAUAAACCUUAAUGACCAAAUGGAGCUCAAAAGGAUGGUUGAUGCCAUUGCUGCAGCAAGUCAAAAAGAAGCCGAAGCUCAUGAGACAGCAAUUAAGUUGGUCAAAGAGAAUGAUGAGCUGCGGUUGAAGCUAAAAGUCUUACUCGAGGAUAAUAAUAAACUUAUUGAAUUGUAUGAAAAAGCAGCUGCAGAAAACAACUACAAGGGCUCAACUAGCACAGAAAAUGCUUUGGGAAAUAAUACUAGGAAUGACAAUAGCGAUAAUGUAGAUGAAGCUGCAGAGAAAAAGGAGGUUGAUAUGAAGAAAGUUGUUGAGAACCUAGAACAUCAGCUUUUGGAUCUACAUGAAGAGAAUGAAAAAUUAAUGGGUUUAUAUGAAAGAGCCAUGCAGGAGAGAGAUGAAUUCAAAAGAAUGGUCUCUUCCAGUGGACUGAAUGUAGCUGAGAGUAGAGAACCUGAUUUCCCAGAAAAGCUUGUUGAAGUUGAUGAUGGGGAAUGUGGAAGAUCAGAUGCAUCUCCAGUUUAUAUUGAAGUCAAAGAUUCAAUAGAGGAAACUUUUCUCCCUGGAUUGAACGUGGAGGAUGAAAAUGACUGCACAAAUCCUAAACCAGAGAGAUCUGUUGUGCUUGGACAGACAUCUUUAAGGUCGAAUGAGCAGGAUAACUCCUACCUAUGGCUUGGGAAUAGUCAAGUAGACAAGGAAAAUCUGAUGGAUUGUCAAGAAAUGAUUUCAGAUGAAAAUGCUCAGCUAUCAGAAUCCACUUUUUCUGGUGAUGCAAAGACAUCUGUUGAAGAAUCUGGUAUCUCUAACACAGUUUUAAAUGCUGGUUUGACUUUCUGCCUAAAAGAUCGACAAGAAGAUGAAGGAAAUCAUAUUGGUGCCUUUUCUGAUAUGGAAGUAGAGCUAUUGAAUCCUACUACUUUCAAGAUACCAGAAGAUCUAAAUUUGGUUACAAUGAAACUGGGAAAAGCAGAAGAAAAGCUUUCAGAUACUGCCAAAACCGUUACUGUAUUUGGUUCACUUGAGAGAGCACUCUUUGAAAUUGAUGAGCUUUCAAAAACACUUGAAGUGCUGGAAGAUGGUGUACAGGAGAAGCAACGAGAGCUUGCAUCCCAUAAACAACUGUGUGAAGAAAUUAAAGCAAGAAAGGUUCUUAUUGACAAGAAGUUAGCAGCACUGAGAUAUUCUCUCUCACAGAUUUCUUCCUCGGUAACUUAUUAUGGACAAAGAGAAGUGCGGGCAAGGGCAAGGGUAAAUGCUUCAUUGGGUUACUUUGACAAAAAGAAAGCUGAUCUGGCUUCUCUGAACUUGAACAAAAGCGAAAUCGAGGCUGCACAGAGGAAGACACAGCAGUCUGAGUUUGAAUUGAGAAACAAUCUUGUGCUUUUGAAAUCAAAGCUUGAUGAGGAAAACCAGAGACAGGAGAAUGACAAGGUUCUGGUCACUAUAGAUAACAUUGAGAAAAGAGAUACUUCUGAAAGAAAUUGGCAGUUAAGUAAAGCUACCGACUUAUUGAAGUCUGAGGAAGAGAAAACCAAGCUGCAGAGUGAGGUCAAGCAGUGCAGAGAAAAGCUUGCUGCAGUCAGAGAAGAGUUUGGGGUUCUGGAUAAGAAAUCUGCAAAGAUAGAAAAAGACAUUCAAAUUGUGCUGUUGGAAAUACAGAAUGGAUCAAAGACAUUAGCGGAGAUGGAGAAUGCACUACUGGGAGUAAUCCAAGAGAAAGAAAGUCUGUUUGAAAUCAGAGAAAGAGGAACAAGUGAAAUUGAAAGCAUGAUUCUUGAGUAUCAGCAGCAAGUUUUUGAGGCAGAUUUUAAAGAAGCAGAACUGAAGAUACUGGAGCAAGUAUUACAAUUGGAAGCGAGAAAAAUAGAAGAGUUAAAGCAGACAAGGGCUGAAGCCACCAAGAAGGCAACAGAGUUGGUAGUAGAAACUAGGCAUGAUGCCACAUGCUCCUUAUCAGAAAAAAUUGGAAAAGAGCUAGAGACUCUUCAUGCCUCUCUUCUCGAAGCGAAAAUGUUGCUAGAGCAAGGCACUUUGAAUGGCAGUUAACUCUUCUUUUUAACUAUCAUUCUGUACAUUUCCACAAAAAUGGAGUCUGAGAUUCUCUUUGGAUAAGGAUUGUAUUUGGUUCGGUUAAUGGUCAUUCAACUUUGAGUAAA